CUUUCCUAUCGCAAGAACCCAUCGCUCUGCUCCUGGCGAUCGCGAAGAAAAACUCUUCUCAGUUUCGCUGCUGGCGUUAGAGUCGGUGCAGCUCGCGCGAUCUCGCGUGCUAGCUGCGAACGUGUCGCCUGUACGCGCGUGCGUUCCCGUGUGUCUGUGCGUGUAUGUUGUGUUUGUGCCUCACUCCCUGCUAACGGCUGGCUUGCUGGCGUGCCUCGUUGCCAGUCGGAUUCGUAGUAUUUAUAAAUUGUAGGAUUUUCUUAUUGUAGCUAAUAGAAAGCACGAUGGCGAGCGCUGGAAACCCACCUUUCCCUUUCCUGAGGAAAUUCGUGACCAAGAAUGAAGCCGUCAAGGAGUUCCUCGCCGAGUUUCUCGGCACGUUCAUCCUAUACAUGUUCGGCGGUGCAUCUUUCGCGCACUUCCUGUUCACCGACCAGAAAGACGUGUUCGCGGUGACCUUCUGCUGGGGCAUUGGCGUCAUGCUCGGCAUCCAGACCGGCGCUGGAGUCUCUGGUGGUCACGUGAACCCGAUUGUAACUACAUCGUUCGCCAGCGUCGGCAAGCUGCCCUGGCGAAAGGUGCCGCACUACAUUCUUGGGCAGCACCUGGGAGCCUUCCUCGCUUCGGCCAUCCUCUACUUCAACUACAUUGACCUCUUGGACAGUGUUGAUGGCGGCGAGCGCCAAAUCUUCGGCAAGAACGGCACCGGCAUCCUGCUCACCACGUACCCGAACGACAACGUGCACCUAUCCGUGUGCGUCUUCGACACGAUCAUCUGCUCGGGCCUUCUGAUGUUCACCAUCAUGGUGAUCCUGGACGACCGCAACGCGAACACGACCAAAGGAAUGCACGCCUUCCUCAUCGGCAUCAUGGUGGUGGCCCUCUGCUGGGCCUACGGAGCAAACUGCAUGGGCGCUGUCAACCCUGCCAGGGACUUCCCGGCGCGCGUGCUUAGCGCGAUCGUUGGAUACGGCGCCGAAUCGUUCACGUUCCGCAACUUCUGGUGGAUUCCGAUGUUCGUGCCUCACCUGGGUGGCCUGAUCGGCACCUGGCUGUACGUGCUGUGCAUCGGCAUGCACAUCUCGAAGCCACAGUCCAGAGACGGACCCGAGGGGGUCAAUCUGCUACCACUGGCGCCCAGAGCCGACAAAACAGCGGCCUAGCACAACAGUGAACGUCGUGUUCCAGAAAUCACCCGACAGCACGGAAUGGAUUACGCUCGCAUCUUUGUUUACGCCAUGACUCACGCUGAGACUGCAGCCAACAGCUCAGUCAUGGUCACACAUUACGUCACAAGAUCGUAUACCCUUCAUUUACGCAACGAUGUGCACUUGAAGUAGCCGUAGCUAUAUGUACCUAUACACCAGUACCGUCUUGAAAUUAUUUUGUUUUUUUACCACAUUUCUGUGUAACUUUAUCGCUAGUAGACGUGGCUCAAAGAAGCCAGAAAAAAACUUACGUCGAAUGUUUUUUUUUUGACACAUCGUGGGCAUUGUUAUUCUUCUUCAUUUUCAAAAAAAAGAUAGAAAGAAAACAAGUGCUUAGAGAGGCACAUCACGUGCUCAUCAGUUGAAAGUUUUGUAGUAGUGAGCUACACGUGUGCUCUGCGACUGAUCCCACCUGCAUUUCUUUUUUACUUACCUGAAAACAUAAAAAAAUUAAUAUGACGACCACACCAUCCUGUCACUGAAGACACUCUGUGCGUUCCCGAUACGUGACAGUUGUCCACAUAGAUUUCAAACUCGUGGAUCAGCCAUUUUUUUUACCCACGAUUAUGGAGGAUUGACCUGUCAGACUAUUACUGGUAAUGCGUAUUACUUCUAUUGACUGAUUAACUUAGUGUACAAGAUGUCCAAAGAACUUUCGCGACUCUCCAGUACGCUGAAUUAAGCGGUACAGGCCUAGUUUUCAAUACAGGUUUCAAAGACAGCACUUGGUCGCAGAAUUAACAACGGGCGCGAAAAAUGCAGUGGGAAUUCCGAUGUCGAUGACGGAGGCGUCCUAUGUAUAUUAAAAACGAAAUGGGAUGCUAGUGAAAGAACUUAUUCUUACAGUGUAUUCGUAACUCAAGCGCAGAGUUCAGAGUGUCUAAGAGAAAGAAUUAUUUAUUGCAUAUUUGUGUGCUGAUUAUAUACCGUCCACAAUCGUGCCUCAAUCGAGGUGAGUUCUUCCGAGAAUACAUGUGUGCCUUAAAGGAAUGAAAAAAAAAAAUAGCGUGAUGUGAAAACAUCGACUGCAUAAAGAUUUUCUACCACAUUUGCCGGGUAGCGUUAAGGUAAGGGGACUAUUUUUGUACAUGGGGUGACGGGUUGGCUUGAAUAGAGAGAGAUAAAGAUACAAGGAAAGGCAGGGAGGUUAACCAGACGCACAUCUGGUUUGCUACCCUGCACUGGGGAAGGGAUAAAGGGGAGAAAAGAGGUUGCAGAAAGAUGAGAAGGUACGCACAAUCACGAGCACACUCGGUGAGCACACACAGUUCACAGGCGGUCGCUCAGGUUUGUUGACUUAAGGUAAAGUAGCAGUGCUUUAGUUGCUUUCUGCGCAACUGAGGCAGAUGCCCAAAGUCCUAGUAUCUUCUGCACACAAAAUGGUCCGGGGUCAAGUCGAUUCAAAACCAUCCGUAGCUGGCAUCGCUGUGUUGGCUUGAAUAGAGGUAGAUUAUAAUGAUUAUUACGAUAUUGAGACCGCGAAGCAAGUCGAAGCACGGCAAUUGCUGUGAAUUCAUGCAUAUGUGUACUAUGUAUGGCAAUAAUGCGGCAACUGAAGUGGACAGAUGACGUCAAUAAUUGAGAGAAGGCGAACGCACGUAUCGCUAAGCGCUAUCACAACGUACGCGUUCUCAAGCACUUGAGCACGCUUCGUUCCUUUGACUGCAUUAGUUUGCUAUCGUGAAAUGGAGCAUAAAUGCUGCGAUCAAAUCGAUUUCUAUAUGGCCGAGUAGAAAGUGUUAGACGGCGGGUAGAAAUGAUCAAGCAGCGCCAUCACUGCCUUUGUGUACGUGUGUAAUAGUUACUGCCAGUUCUAGAAAAUGAGUGAGCUCGGAAGCAGAAAACUGCUUACGGUUUUCGUAUACUUCUUUUUUUAAUAUUCUGGACAAAACGUGACGUUGAAUCGCAAUAAAGAAUGCUUGAACUCAUGU